ACCAAAACAAAUCGCAUGUUGCAAUUUUGUCGACGAUUAAGAAAUUCCCUUAAAAAUGUUACCUCUUGAGUUCCAAGCUGUUGUUCUUGCCGCUGGUCGUGGAUCUCGCUUUCCGGAUCUCACUGAAGGACGUCCCAAGUGUCUUUUGCCUGUCGGACCUUUACCUCUAAUUUUUUAUCCCCUAAAUUUGCUUCAACGUCACGGAUUUCAAGAUGUCAUUCUCGUCGUCAUUGAGUCCCAAAAAGCCGAAAUCCAACAACAAUUGGAACACACGCCCUUAACAAUUCGCGUGGAGUAUUUCACUGUGCCAGCUGAACACGAUUACGGCACAGCGGAUACUUUGAGACUCGUCGGCGAUAAGAUCAAAUCCGAUUUGUUGGUCGUUUCGUGCGAUAUUGUGUCAAAUGUGAGCUUGUAUCCGUUAAUUAACAAGUUUAGGCAACACGAUGCGACGUUAGUUGCCUUGCUGAUGAAGAGUUGUGACGAAGAUGCUGUCGUUCCGGGACCAAAAUCGAAGGAAAAACCUGAGAGGGAUUUAAUUUUGACGAAUUGCAACACGAAUCGACUCAUUUUUUCGGCUUCCUUGAGCGAUUUUGAGGAAAAAGUGAGUCUUCCGGCACAUUUGUUCAGAUCGAAUGGAAAAGUUCAGAUGGAUAGCAAGCUGUUGGAUGCUCAUGUGUACAUUAUGAAGCGAUGGGUGUUGGAAUUUCUUCAAGAUAGCAAUCAAUUUUCGACCAUGAAAGGCGAACUCUUGCCUUAUAUCGUGAAGAAACAAAUGUCGCAACCCCUAAAUUUAUCAGAUCCGGGCAAAUUUAUGUCAGAAUCGAAUGUUAAUCCACACGUCGAUGACAUUUUCACGUUCGUUUCCCAUUCAACAUUGGCCCAAAAAAUCGCCGAAACCAGUCUCUACAGCGAAGAAAAGCACAAACCGAACAAAAGUUACGACUGUAUCCGAUGCUAUGCGGUAAAAGCUCCUCUCGAAACGUUCGCCGUUCGUGUCAACACGCUCCGUAGCUUCUGCGCUGCCAAUCAAAAAGUCCCCAAAAUCCCCGAACUCUUCGACAAAAAAGUUUCUUUGAUCCAUCCGAAUGCCGUUGUCGAAUCCAACCAAGUAACGGACUGCUCAAUUGGGGAAAAUAGCAAAAUAAAUGCAAAAACUUCGCUGAAAACGUCAAUUAUUGGACAGAAUUGUGUCGUAAACGCAAAAGUUCGUGUCACAGACACGAUUUUAAUGAACAACGUCGAGCUGGAGGAAGGAGUUGUGCUCCAAAAUUGCGUCGUUUGUGACAAAGCUGUCAUAAAAAAGGGCAGUGUACUAACAAAUUGUCUCGUAGGAUUCAAUUUCACGGUGCCCGAGGGGACAAAGAAGGAAAAAACUAACUUUACGACGUCAAGUACGAACUUUAUGGAGAUUUAA